AUGAUUGCAGUCCCUACUCUGGUUAAUACCAGAGACUUUGGAUAUGUCUCCAUUCCUCCAAGAUUCGAAUCUCAUGACUUUGGAUCUUGGAAGGAGAGAAUGCUUCUGCACAUUGUAGGAGUUGAACCUUACUUAAUGACUAUCUUAACUAAGGGUCCAUAUGUACCGAUUCUGGUCACCAGGACACCAGGAGCCACUACUGAUGCUCCUGAGAUUGUCACUGAGCUUAUUAAACCACAAGUACAAUGGACAGAUGACGAGCGCAGACUUGUUAAUCUGGACGCUAGAUUAAGAAACCUCAUUAUCAAUACACUUCCUGAUGACAUUAUGAAAUCUGUCAUUAAACUUUCUUUUGCUAAAAAGGUAUGGGACAAUCUUUGUACCAGAUUCGAUGGUACGGAAGAUGUCCUUGCUGCUAAAAAGAUAGAUCUGAAUCGUGCCUAUGAAGGAUUCUUUUCUCUUCCAAAUGAGAAUCUGGAUGGCACUUACAAUCGCUUCAAGUGUCUUUUGAAUGAUAUGACAAAUGCUGGUAUAGAGCAUGAUAUACUUGAAGUAUGCCACAAGUUCAUUGACAGCCUUCCAAUUAAGUGGCAAGGUUUAAGACAGAUACUCCAUACUACUAAGCAGCUAAAGAUGCAUGACUUGGAAUCUCUUUAUGGCACUCUUCAAUUUGAAGAGAGAGCCCUCGCUCAAAACUUGAGAGCAAAAGCUGAAUCCAAGAGCAGCUCUUCUACCCCAUCUCAUCUACAAGAUCUUGUCAAUGACCUCGAUAUUGAGGAGAGACAAGAAAUGUUCUCAGACUUCAUGCAAUUUGCCUUUAUCGCUGGUAAGAGAUAUUCCAAAAAAUGGAAUAGUCGCAAAUCGACUUUCUCUCAAAAACCAGUGGUUGACAAAUCGCAGGAAGAGUGUUGGAGAUGUGGUCGGAAAGACCAUUACAAAAAAGAAUGCAAUGUUUCUAUCCCAUCCUUGCAGGCAGCGAAGCCCUCUUCUUUCUCUUCAGCAAGACCCUCCUCAGUCAAGCCUGCUGAUGAAUACAAAAAGAAGUACUACGAGCUUCGUGCUAAGAUGGCUGACGUUGAGGAAGCUAAGCUUCCUGCCAAGAGUCUUGUUGCUGAACAACAUGACUGGGCAGACUCUGAUGAAUCUGAAGCUGACGGGGAAGAAUAUGUUGAUGCCAUCUGCCUUAUGGCACUUGCUGAUGAUCAAGCACUGACAAAAGAUCAAGUCUGUUCCAGUCAGUGGGUGAAUGUCACUAUCAAAAAGUUUGUUGAAUCAAUUCGUGCUGAUCUUAAGACUAAGCUUAACUCAGUAAGUGCGGAGCUAAGUAAUAAAAAUGACAAGCUCAAGGACCUGAGAAAUGUCCAUGUUGAGCUUGAGUCUCAAAAACUUCUUAAUCACAAUCUUCAGAAAUCAAACGAAGAAUUAAAAAAUAAGGUCGUUGACCUUGAAAAAAUUGUUAUCUCAUGGUCUAAAGCCUCCAAGCUUCAUGACCAAAUCUUCAACAAGCUGAUGCCUACUCAAAUCAAAGCCAUCAUUGGUGGAGAUUAA